AUGACAGAGAAGAAGAUACACAACCUUAAGGCUGCAGUAUUUUUUGAAAUUUUAAGGACAAAGGAGGAAGGAACACUGACAAUGUCUUUUGACUGCCAGAAAAAUAAGGCAGUACCUAAGAUGCCUGACUCCAGUGCAUAUUUUUCAUCACAGCCUAAUUUUUAUAACUUUGCUACUGUAGUAGGAACAGAUAAAUUGCAGAAACAAAACGUUCAUUGUUACUACUGGAACGAAUCGCAGCUUUCAAAAGGGAGUAAUGAAAUUACUGGUGCUAUUUACCACAGGUUGUACAAUACAGAUAUAGAAAACUUUUCUACCCUCCGACUCAUUGCUGAUGGCUUUGGUGGUCAAAAUAAAAACAACACACUCAUCACAAUGCUAAUGAAAUGGUUUUUCUCGAUUAACAAGCAUAUUCAAUCUGUAAAAAUAAUUUUUCCCAUAGUGGGACAUUCUUUCAUACCUCCCGAUAGAGUUUUUGCCCAGAUUGAAACUUAGCAGACCCUCAGACUGUUAGUUACUGUAUACGACUGUCGCGAAGAAUCCAAAAAGUAUCUGAAACCACCUGGAUCUUGACAUUUCCAGUUUAAUCCUUCAGAAAGAUUUUUAAUGAAGAAGACCAAAAAUGGUGUCAGUGUCCAAGAUAAAGUUAAUUAUAAAAGUGAGUGUGGUAUUCCGCAG